GCGACCCAUUGUGUUACAUAAAUUCGCAACGCGGCUAUACAAUCGGCCAUUUCGUCGGUGCAGGCCAGCCACUGUAGAAGUAUAUCAUUUGUAGUGCUUACCUGAAAAUCACAUCAAGAACAUCGCACCAUGACCGAACAGGCUAUUUCUUUCGCCAAGGAUUUUUUGGCCGGUGGCAUCUCCGCUGCUAUCUCCAAAACAGCUGUCGCCCCAAUCGAGAGAGUGAAGCUUCUGCUUCAGGUCCAGCAUGCCAGUAAGCAGAUGACAGCAGAUAAGCACUACAAGGGUAUCAUCGACUGUGUUGUUCGUAUCCCCAAGGAGCAGGGUGCCCUUUCCUUCUGGAGAGGUAACCUUGCCAAUGUCAUCAGAUAUUUCCCCACCCAAGCCCUCAACUUCGCCUUCAAGGACAAGUACAAGAAGAUCUUCCUUGAUGGUGUUGACAAACGCACCCAGUUCUGGAGGUACUUUGCUGGUAACCUGGCAUCUGGUGGCGCCGCUGGAGCCACCUCCCUGUGUUUUGUGUACCCCCUCGACUUUGCCCGUACCCGUCUGGCUGCUGAUGUGGGAAAGGCUGAAGCUGAAAGGGAGUUCAGUGGUCUGGCAAACUGCCUAGUGAAGAUCUUCAGGUCUGAUGGUCUGAAAGGCUUGUACCAGGGCUUCAAUGUGUCUGUGCAGGGCAUCAUCAUUUACAGGGCUGCAUACUUCGGCAUCUAUGACACAGCUAAGAGUAUGCUUCCAGACCCCAAGAACACUCACAUUUUGGUGAGCUGGAUGAUUGCACAGGUUGUGACAUCGGUUGCUGGCCUGACCUCAUACCCCUUCGACACUGUCCGUAGACGUAUGAUGAUGCAGUCUGGACGUAAAGCAGCUGACAUCAUGUACAGUGGGACCAUUGACUGCUGGCGUAAGAUUUUACGCGAUGAGGGUGGCAAGGCUUUCUUCAAGGGAGCCUUGUCCAACGUACUCAGAGGCAUGGGCGGUGCCUUUGUGCUGGUGUUGUACGAUGAGAUGAAAAAAUACAUCUAAUUCAUCAUAUUGUCACAUCACUGUCCAAUAUGGCUAAAAGAUAACGUUCCAUUUCUAUGGACUCUACAUUCUGCCUUAUUUAUGGGAACAAACUAUAGUGUCGCCACUUUCUGUGGGUGAUGACUGUAUGUUGUGCAUCUUUUAUGAUUUUUAAACGUUCCACGCCCUCUUUACCAAUGUCAUUCCUGUGCAUUCCUGUGAGAAAUCUGAUACCUCUUCCUGUCAUUCACUAGGUAUGUAUGGUCCCAACUUGAAUAAAUUUAUUCUGGGGAACAACUAAA